AUGAAGUUCACCGUCCUCGCCUCUCUCUUCUUCGCUGCCGCCGCCCUCGCCGCUCCCACCGAGGUUGAGCGCGACGCUACCCUCGAGCUCGCCGACCGCGAGGCCAAGGUCGACCCCGUCGUUGCCGACCUCCCCGCCCGCGACGGCGAGCUCGUCGACCGCGCCUGCCUCUACCCCUCCAAGUGCUGGGGCAGCUGGUCGCCCGCCUCGUGCGAGAAGUACUGCGCGUACUACGGCCCCAAGUACCACUACUACGGUUACAGCACCUCGGGUUGCGCCAAGGGCUGGAACCGCUGCUGCUGCCAAUGA